AUGGGGAAGAUCAUCUUCUACGAGGGCAAGAACUUCUCUGGAAGCCAUGUUGAGUGCAGCAGCGACUGUGCAGACCUGAUGUGCCUCCUGAACCACUGCAACUCCAUCCGGGUGGAGAGCGGCAGCUUCAUGAUCUACGAAAAACCCAAUUACUGUGGCAACCAGUACUACCUGAGGAGAGGAGACUAUCCUGACUUUCAUCACUGGAUGGGCGUCAGUGACUCUGUCAGGUCUUGUCACUUCAUUCCCAUGGAGCCUGGGUCGUUCAACAUGCGCCUGUAUGAGCGGAUUGAGUUUGGGGGUCAGGUGAUGGACCUGGCAGACGACUGUCCUAGUGUCAUGGACCGUUUCCACAUAAAUGACAUCUUCUCCUGCAAUGUGACAGAUGGCAACUGGCUCUUCUAUGAGCACCCAAAUUACCGGGGCAGGAUGUACCUGAUAAGGCCAGGAGAGUACAAGAGGUUCAGUGAGUGGGGCGGCAGGAACGCCAGGGUUGGCUCCAUCAGACGCAUCAUGGACUACUGAUCUUUUUUGAACAAUCCCAGAGCUGUGUGGAGAUCAUGCUCAGAAAAUAGCCUCUAUAGAAAAUACAAAAUACUGUGCAUGAGGCUCAGUGACUGUUUUUGGCAAUAUUUGAUUAUUUUACUUAAAGGAUUAAGACAGAAUUUUUUUCUGUCCUGAAACGCAUUUAAAAUAUUAAUUGGGAUAAGAUAUUAGGAUGGACUAAAAAGAGACUCAUUGCAAAGUGCUCGCCAUAUUAUCAACAGCACGCAAAACAACAACAAUUUUUGGACCUGUUCUUGAUCACUCACCAUGAUAAUAAAGCAAAUACAAAAUGGAGUCUUUAUAGUUCAUUAGUUAUGAGGAGAACAUUCAAAAACACAGCAUGAAUUGUAAAAACCAUAUGU